AUGAUAACAAUGUUUUCUGGUGCAGCCAGCUUUGGCAAACUCAAGACAAACUUGAGAUUGGCCGUUAAUCGAUUGAAACUCCUGGAGAAGAAGAAGACAGAACUGGGCCUUAAGGCAAGAAAAGAGAUAGCGGAUUACAUCGCAGCUGGGAAAUAUGAGAGAGCCAAGAUCCGCGUGGAGCAUAUCAUUCGGGAAGAUUACCUUGUGGAGGCAAUGGAGAUCUUGGAAAUGUACUGCGACCUCCUUCUGGCCCGAUUUGGGCUCAUUCAACAAAUGAAAGGCCUUGAUGAUGGACUCCAGGAGGCAAUAUCAAGUUUGAUUUGGGCUGCGCCUCGUCUGCAGACUGAUGUUACAGAACUCAAAGUCAUCUCAGAACAGCUCACUGCCAAAUAUGGCAAGACUUAUGCUCAGGCAUGUCGUGAGAAUGCAGUUGGGACUGUGUCAGAGAAACUUAUGCACAAGCUGGGAGUCCAAGCUCCCCCAAAGCUCCUUGUAGAGAAGUAUCUCAUUGAGAUUGCCAAAAGUCAUAAUGUGGAGUAUGAUCCUGAUCCUCAGGUGAUGCGAGAUGAUGAGGCAAUGAUGGGGACAGAUGCUCUUUUGAUUGAUAUGGAAGGUCGAGGGCACACUCGGGAAGAAGCACCUCCACAUCCUCCAGGAUUUGUCUCUUAUCCUUCUGAGCCCCUCCCUCCUCACAAGCCCUUUGACUAUCAGCCUGGUGGAGGUGAGAAGAUCCCUUUUAACCCAAAUGCAUUUGAUCCAUCAGUAGAUGCACAUCCUAUGACAACAGCUGCUAGAAAGGCACAGGAGGCAAUGGGGACAGGAAUGAGUGGGUACCCUGGGUAUGGCACAGGGGGAUACCCUGUUAUGCCCCCCUUCCCUGAUUCUCCUCCACCAUACAGCAGCAUGCCAUUUGAUGUCAAUCGACCAGGGAACCACCCUAGCACUCCUUCAAAUUUACGAAAAAACCGGCUUUGCGCUCAAUGA